AUGUUAAGUGAUGGAAGAAUUGUCGCAAUUAAAAAGUGCAACACAGUGCACAAGGGGAAUCUCGAACAAUUCAUUAAUGAGAUUGUCAUUCUUUCACAAAUUAUCCAUAGAAAUGUGGUUAAGCUAAUUGGUUGUUGUUUGGAGAUAGAAAUUCCUUUGUUGGUUUAUGAAUUCAUCCCUAAUGGGACACUUUUCCAAUAUCUCCAUGAAGAAAAUGAAGAUUUUCCAUUAACAUGGGAUAUGCGCUUAAAGAUUGUCACGGAAAUUGCAGGAGCUCUUUUCUACUUACACUCAGCAGCUGCCUCGCCAAUUUAUCAUCGAGACAUAAAGUCCACCAACAUACUCUUAGACGAAAAGUACAGAGCGAAAAUAGCGGACUUUGGGACAUCAAAAUCGGUAACAAUUGACCAAACUCAUGUAACCACCCAAGUUCAGGGAACUUUUGGGUAUUUGGACCCAGAAUAUUUCCAUACAAGCCAAUUCACAGAAAAGAGUGAUGUGUAUAGUUUUGGAGUAGUCCUUGUUGAGCUCUUAACUGGAGAAAAACCCAUUUUUUCAACAGGGUCAGAAGAAGGUAGAAGUCUCUCUGCAUAUUUCAUUCUCUCAAUGAAGGAGAACCAUCUAUUUGAUAUUCUUGAUGAUCGAGUAAAGAAAGAAGGUGAUAAAGAAGGGGUCAUCAUAGUUGCUAAUCUUGCAAAAAGAUGUUUGCACUUGAAUGGAAAGAAACGUCCUACAAUGAGAGAGGUUGUAAUUGAGUUGGAGGGAAUUCGAAAAACUUCUGGUGAUCAAGAAAAUUAUGAAGAACUUCAAUAUGCUAGACGUGAAGAAAUUGAGGCUUCAGGUGUUAGUUUAACAUCAACACAAUCAUGUUUUGAAAUUGCUUCAUCUUCAUCAUCAAUCGUCCUUCCAUAA